AUGGAAAGCCCCGGUCCCGCCAUGUCCAUAGAUUUUGCACGGCCAACCCGAAGAACUCGACCUCUGCCACAGGUUCCUCCUUUCAACAAUUCUGGGGCGUGGGAAUCUGCAUCUGAAUCUGGAAUGGCACAGGCGCCAAUAUCACCGGUUUCAAGAGGGCCUCAUCCUGAUGUUGGAUCUGAUUCCGGUGACCGGAUGGAGAUUGAUGAGAUACCGGCGGCCACCUCCCAGCCUAUGGACGAGGAGCCUUUGUUGGAUACUACUAGGAUCAAUGGCAACCACUAUCAUGGUCACCCGGUUCCUAAUGUGCCCCCAGAGAGACAGGACCAAGGUAGGGAGAGCUACGCUAAAUCCGAAGCCAGACGUAAAAGACACCAACAACUGGAGGAAAUGCAUGAGAAGAUUAAAGAAGUUCGCAUAUUGCUUGCUGAAUAUAACGAACUGUGCAAUGAAGAUCUAGAAGAUCAAUGGGGCAUUGGGAAUAGAUAUGAGCUCAUUGCUAUUCCAUUUUCUGCCAGUGAUGACUCGGACAAUACCAUACCUUACCAUGGGACCCAUUAUGAAUCUUCUCCUCAAAAUAUCAGUCUAGGAAGGUUCCUCACACAGGAUCCGGCGGAGGAGUCGCCGAUGUCUAGGCUUUUAUCAUCUGGCGGGACAGCAUCGACGCCGUCUUCAACAACGGCCCAGGCUGAUACUCGACAAUUAGUUUCUCCACCUAUAUCAGUUGCAUCACCGCCCCAUGCAGCAGCAACAGCAGGGGAGGUUCAUCCUCAACAUCCACACCACCAACAACAGCAACAGGGGCAGCAUAACCCUAUUGUGAUACCGGAUGAUGAGCCAAUGAAUCCACCAGUACGGUCUCCUAAGGUAGCGCAGCGUGGCUCAAUUUCACAGAAGAAUGGGCCUCCUGGUGGUACUCAAUCUACACAUACGUUACUUCCGCAAAACGGAAAAAGCACAGUUUGUCCAGAAUGUGAUAAGGUAUUUGCAAUGCCUAGCAAACUCAAGAAACAUAUGAAACGACACUCUCGUCCAUACGCUUGUACCUUCCGUGGUUGUGGGAAACUUUUUGGUAGUAAGAACGACUGGAAACGUCAUGAGAAUAGUCAACAUUUUCAACUAGAGCUAUGGAAAUGUGGGGUGCUCCCCCCCAAUACAGGCGCUCUAUGCGGGAAGCUUUCGUUCCGACGAGAAUCGCACACUACCCAUUUGCGUAGCGUUCAUGGUAUCACCGAUAAGAAUGAAAUCGCAGCCAAAACUAACGAGGCGCACAUUGGGAGGAAUAACUUCAAAACCUUCUGGUGUGGGUUCUGCCCGACAUUUCCAGACCAACCAGAACCUAGAGGUCUGGUUGUGCAACUUGAGAAGAAAGGGCUCGGUGGAUGGGACGAGAGAUUUGAUCACUUGGGCAAGCAUUUUAUCGAUGAAGGUCUGAAGAUCGGUAAAUACAAAUUUCAUGACGACGACGACCAAUAUGGCCCCUCUCACGAUAGCGGCUCAGAGGACGAGGAGGAGGAAGAGAUGACAGUGGGCGAAGCGUCGGUAGUGAGGAACCGAUCGCAGCCACCUGGGGGAGAUGAGGUACUGGAUGAUUAUGGCCCAACUAAUGUAAAGAAGCUCGUUGCGUGUACGGCGCCAGACGGGGAAAAGAUGGGCAUCGAAAUGGCAAAAGAGGAGCUUGGCGACCCUGCCACCAAAACUCAAAUGCAACAAAAACCAAAGUCUAGCAGUAGAUCCAUGAACUGUGUCAGCCUUGUUCAGAUGGUCCUUACGUAG